AUGCAACGAGCUCAGUCUGCCGUGGAUUUUUCCAAUCUACUCAACCCAAGUUCUUCAGCAGGACAGGACAGCGACGCCGACAAAGGCAGCGGAGCCAUGUCUACCGCUGCGGUUACCGUCAUCAAGCCCAAUGGGCCACUCCCGGGAGCGCAGUCGACAGAGACUGCCAACGAGCUUCCUCGUCCCUACAAGUGCCCUCUCUGCGAAAAGGCCUUCCACCGCCUUGAGCACCAGACCAGGCACAUUCGCACUCACACGGGCGAGAAGCCCCAUGCCUGCCAGUUCCCUGGCUGCAGCAAGAAGUUCUCUCGUUCCGAUGAGUUGACCAGACACUCGAGAAUACACAGCAACCCCAACUCCAGGCGAGGCAACAAGGGCCAGCAGCAGCACCAACAGCACCUCCACCACCAGGGACUCCCUCACCACAUGCACGUCGAUGGCAUGAUGCCCCCUCCGGUGCCAAAGGCCAUUCGCUCUGCUCCCACCUCGACUCUGGUCUCGCCCAACGUCUCACCCCCUCACUCUUACUCCUCCUUUGUCAUGCCCCAGGCCCCCAUGCCUCACUACAACCGUGGCAAUGAUAUCACAAUGCUGGCAAAGGCUGCAAACCAGAUCGAGCGUGAAACUCUCUCUGGCGGCCCGUCUAACCACAACUCAAGGCACCACCCUUACUUUGGCCAGAGCAUGCAGAAUUCUCGAGGCCACCCGCCCUCACUCUCUUCGUACCACAUGGCGAGAUCUCACUCCAAUGACGAUGAUGAUCACUACAGCAGCAUGAGGCACGCCAAGAGGUCGAGGCCCAACUCGCCCAACUCUACCGCUCCCUCUUCUCCCACCUUCUCCCACGACUCUCUGUCUCCCACCCCGGAUCACACUCCCAUCGCAACUCCCGCGCACUCCCCCCGACUCCGUCCCUUUUCGGGUUAUGAGCUGCCGAGUCUGAGAAACCUGUCUCUGCAGCACAACACGACUCCUGCGCUUGCCCCUAUGGAGCCCCACCUGGAUGCUCCCCAGUUCCCCCCUCAGCUGCAGGCAAACAACAACCGCAGCCCCGGUAUGUCGCUUACCGACAUCAUCAGCCGUCCUGACGGGAGCCAGAGGAAGCUGCCUGUUCCUCAGGUCCCCAAGGUGGCGGUGCAGGAUCUUCUCUCCGACGGUGUCUUCCCCAACAGCGGCAGAAGUUCAACUGCAGGCAGUCUUGCCGGCGGCGACCUCAUGGAUCGGAUGUAG